UUUGCUUGCAGGAGGAGGAGGGAACCGACGUACUGCCAACGUGAAGGCGCACGGCUUCGCCAACCUCUUCAUUCUGGAUAAGAAGGACCUGGCAGAGAUCUUGGUGCACUACCCAGAGUCCCAGAAACUGCUCCGCAAGAAGGCCAAGACGAUGCUGACAAAGGAUAAGAAGCCAGACGUGAAGGAUGAAGGUAAAGCGGCGGCGCCGGUCAUCCCACCCAGACCGGACACCCCCAAAAUGUUCAAGGCGGCUCUGAAGGUGACGGAGAUGGCGGGGAUGGAAGGAACCUUCACCAAACUGGCGAAAAGCUACAAACCCUUUGAAGGCACAGCAGAGGCUCCCACCUCCACCUCUCCGGUCCCCCCUCCCUCUCCGGUACACCGUCGCUCCCCGAUCCCUCGCGCUCGGGUCCAGGACGACGACGACGACACAGUGUCGGAGUCCGUCGACACCACGGUGGUCAUCAGGAUGACGCCGCGACUUGAAGGAGAGGAGGUGCUCACUGUGGAGGUGACGCCUGGGGAGGGAGAGGAGGACGAGACGAAGACCGGGGAGGAGUGAUGUGACAGGAAGCUGCCUCCCUCACAGGACAGAUUCUGCUUCCCAGAAUGCCUUUCAGCAACCUCCUAAUAAGAGAUGGUGGAGGUGGAGAGAGAGAACGACUCGUCUCUGUCCUGGUGUACACAAGCGGUUCUCUUCUUCUGUGGUGGAUUUUCUCCCAGUUGUCUUCCUCCUGUUUUUGAACACAUUUUGAAUUUGUGCAGAAAAAAAACAGACCGAAAACACGAAUCAGAUAAAAAAGCUGAAAUCUCUCCAAAAUACAUAUUUUCUCUUCAUCUGUGGGAGCUUCUCGUUUGCUUUUCAGGUUUCCCUCAACUGCAUCUUUUCUCACGUUAGUUCCUCCCGCUGAAGCCGCGAGGAGAGACGCAGGAGAGCUUAGUCUGUGUUGUUCCCUUAGAACCUGUAUUCUGUGAUACACCGUCCAAAUAAUAAUAUUAUUAUUAUAAGGGCACAUGGUUACUACUUCCUCUGCUGUUAUUUUUUGUUUUAAAACAGAACAAGUCAGGAGAGCAACAAACAUGUGGUCAAAUUAAAUGCACACUUUACUUAUUCCACCAUGAACAUAUACGAACAAAACAAAACAAAACCACAGAAACUCACAGUACCGGCUGCUGCACACGAGAGGAUUUUCAAAUCUGUUUUAAUCUUAAGAACAAACACACCAGACACUUCAGUCCAGUCUCAGGACCGCACAUUCUGCAUUUACACUAAACGGUUUCAGAGCGGCGGUUCCGGGACUUGGGAUCUCACAGAAUCUCACGUGAUCAAACGUGACUUCACACAGAAACACAGAAGAUGGCGUCAGCUGGUCGACCUUGUGUGUGAAUCAAACUGUGGAAGAACUCGAGGCUGAGAAGAGGGAAUCAGCGGGUUUAUACGUUUUAUAGAGCAGAUCGACAACACGCUGGGGACGCUUCCUCAGCUCGCUCUCAUUGGCUGUUACAGGUGUCUCAUCAGAGGCUCCCAGAUUUUAAGAUAAUUAAAUAUUAAAGAUGGCGGCGUGGUUUAGCUCAUCUGGUAGACAAGGCUGAGUCCUGCAGCUGCACGGGUUCAUCUCUUUGCCUCUCUCUCCCUCGUUUCCUGCUUCUACACACUUUCCAUCUCUCCAAUAGGUAAAAUAAAUAAAUAUCAAAGACAUUUGAAAUCAGGGAGCGUCCGAUCCAGUCGACGACCUUCAGAUUAUUUGUUUAAACCCCUCACGCUAGAGGCUCAUUUGUUUCAGGCCGCUCAGAACAAAAAUACGUGCUUAGGCGUGACCACCACUCUUGUUCCUUGUGAUGCAGCGGAUAGAAAUUGAUCGUAGCGCCUUGCUAACGUAGGUGGAUGUACAGCAAGCCGAACAUGCAGAACUGAAAGCAGCAACGUGAAUCUCUGAGCAGACGAGGAGCUAAACACCAAAAAAACACAUCGUUUUGGAUCCGUUUAAAAGCAGAUAAAUGUCUGAACACAUGAACACAUUCAAUAAGUGCCGGGGUGUUUUUGGCACACUGCAGAACAUGAGCCAUCAUAUUUACUACGUAUUUCAGCGACAUGCAGUUUUUUAUCAUCUUACAUUGUGUUUCAUGUGAUUUAUCUGAUCUAAUGUCUUUUUACAGAACAUAUUUAAAUGGUAUAUACAGCAUGUAUUAAGAUGUAUGAUCUUUAAAUUAACUGUUGGAUAAUCAUCCAUAAUGGAAGUCCACUUGGCUGCUCAGACGCUGAAUGAGUUUUUUUUUUUUUUUAUGAAUUUGUUAUUUAUAUCUGAAUGUAUUGAUAUUUGGUUUUUAAAUUCAUAAUUUUUAUGAACCAGUUUCUAAAGAGAAUGUCUCAAAAUGUGUAAAAAAUAAUAGUAGCCUAAAUUAAUUUAUAUAAUUAUAGCUCAAAUCACAUGUGACUGAAUGUAAAUGACAAUGAUAAUUAAAAUGUGUUUAUUGCUGAAAGACAACGGGCUGUUUAAGCUAGCUUUCCCUCAUUCAGGUGGUGUCUGGAGUUUUUGGGUUCAUUACGAAUAAAGGGACGUUGGCUGAACUGUUUGGUGAAUAAAGGGUGUUGUACUGGAAAA